AUGCGGGUCGCGACGUUCGAUUCCGAGCCGGAAGUUGCGGAGCUGUCGCUGGCGUUGGAGGAUGGCGUGACGAAGAACAGCAAGAAGGUCGCGACGAAGCUGGUGGAACGCGUGUUGAAAUUCCUAGAAAUGCCGUCGUCGGAGUCGGAUGUGCUUAAAGAGGAAGUGCAGCGGGAUCUGCUUGUAGCGGAGAAGGAGGAGCGGUGGAUGGACGUAGAUAAGCUAACGGAGUUAAAAACGCUCGUCAGCCUUGCGAGUAUUUCCAGUGAAGCGCCGAUCACGCAGACGUUUUCCCGCCUCGCGCUGCGGCUCCGGGAGGAGCUCGGGAUGGCGGUUCCGGAUAACUUUAAGUGCGCGAUGACGGGCGAGGUGAUGCGAGAUCCGGUUACCCUGGUCGAAACUGGCGACACGUACAAUCGCAACGCGAUCGAAAACUUUUUCGCGAAGGGGAAGCGCGUGUGUCCCAAGUCCGGGAAGCACCUCAAAAGCGUGGAGCUGGUGUGUAACGUGGAGAUCCGGAAGGGCAUAGAGGAGAGUUACGACGCACUGAACCGAAAGACGCUGGACGAAGCGUCGCGCACAUUAAGAGACGGCAUGGAGCAACGAGCAGCGGAGGCCGCGGCGGCGGCGGAAGCGCGAGCUGCCGCGCUGGCCGCGGGGGGGGAAGCUGCGGAGGCGAUUCUGGCGGAGGAAGCGGCAAAGGCGGAGGAGGAGCGGAAGAAAGAGGAGGAGAAAAAAGCGGCGGCGAAAAAGAAAAAGAAAGGCCCGGAGCCGCCGCCGAAGGAGGAGCCGAAGGAGGCGAGCGGAGGGGAGAGGGAGGAGGAGGCGGUGGAGGCGAUGCAGCAGCUGUCGUCGCAGGAUAAGAAGUACGCCGCGCAGCUCGCGGAGAUUGGUGCAGUGGUGCCGCUGGUGCGGCUGGUGACAGAGAGAGGCGCGGGGCCGGUGCGGGAGGGCACGGUGACGGUGUUGAGGAACAUUGCCAGCCUGGGAGAGGCAGAAGCCACGUCCAUAUCAGACGCGGGGGGCAUUCCCCCCAUGAUCCACCUCAUCACGCACGAUACAGCCGACGUGACGCCAGCCAUCCAGGUGAUCCUAGAGCUCUCGCGCUUCCCGGCGCUGCGGGGGGCGGUGACUGACGCGAUGGGGGUGGUGGAGAUGAUAAAGCUGCUCAACUGGCACCAGGAGGACGAGAAGGGCGCGCUGCUGGAGGCCGUGCUGGAGACGUACUGGCGCGACGACCCCUACGUCGCCAUUCAGAUGGCGUCCGUUGGCAUGUUCAAGCCGCUCGUUGUGCUGCUCGAACCAGGUGGGCUGUGGGUGUGUCGGAAGGAGGUGCGUGGGGGUGGGCAGCGCGACGACCCCUACGUCGCCAUUCAGAUGGCGUCCGUCGGCAUGUUCAAGCCGCUCGUGGUCCUGCUCGAACCAGGUGGGGUGUGGGUGGGAGGAUUGAUGCUUCGGAGGUGGGGGACAGGUAUCCCCUACGUCGCCAUUCAGAUGGCGUCCGUGGGCAUGUUCAAGCCCUCAUCGUAUUGUUUGAACCAGGUGGGUGUGGGGGCAAGGGGUUGGGUGGCUGUAGAGAGCGACAUGGAAACCCGAAUGACGAUGGCAGACGGGGUCAUGACGUGGGGAGUCAACAAGGCCCACCGCGUCUCCCUCGUGCAGUGCGGGGUGCUGCCGCCUCUCGUCGCCCUGCUCAACGACGGGCCCCCAGAGGGCAAGGCGGCCGCUGCUCGAGCCAUAGAGCACCUCUCCCACACCGAUCUCAACCGCAUGGCUCUGGCCAAGGCAGGCGUGAUCCCUGCGCUCGUUAAAGCCCUUGCUCGCGGGUCUGCAGAAGUGAAGAAUGCCGCGCAGGCGACCCUGGCGAAUCUGGCAAUGGACGACCAGGAUUUGGACGCGCUGGACGAGGACGGGACGGCCGUUAGAUUGAUCACGAUGCUGCGGGCGGGCCCGCAGACGAACCGGGACUACGCGGUGAGGACUCUGGAGUGCAUGGCGAAGGAGAGCAAGUCCAUGCGGGCUGCGGUGAUGGAGGAUGACGGUGCGGUUACCGCCAUUUUCGAGGUGUUACAGGAGAGCGCGUCGCACUUUGCGGCGGGGAGCUUGCGGUCGUCGGCGCUGCUGCUGCUGGGGCACCUGUGCCAGGAGCACAACGCUGCCGAAAUGAUGUGCGCUCCCCCAGAAGUAGUCAAGACUCUCGCCACGCUCCUCGCACGGCCACUCCCUGGGGAGGAGCGGGAGGCGAUAGUGAUUGUGCUUGGGACAAUGGCGGGGAACAAGCAGAUGCGGCCACUGGUUCGGGUUGAAGAGCAGGUGUUCACUCUCAUGCACAAGUUCCUGAAUUUGAACCCGGGGGCGGGGCCCACCUCGUCGUCAGGUCCGGGGAGCUCCAAUGCUGCGAGCUCGGCUCGGUUGCAAGAGGCGAUCCUGUCUGGCUUGUCGAAGCUCGCCGAUCCGGAUGAUAUAGAAGCGCAGCAGAUAGUGGCUCGGCUGGGGGUGAUUCAUCUGGCCGUGCAUUAUCUCAAGAUGGGGCCAGAUGUCAUGCGGAUCCCCUCUGCUGUGCUUCUUGGGAACCUCUCGCAUUCAACUCCAAAGCUGGUUGACCAAACUUCGCUCGACCGCAGGCUCGGUAAGGCCAUGACCUGGAAGCUCAACUUCUCCCGGUCCAACUCGCGAGCCUCGGCGAGCACCGGCGGGACAGGCUCGGGAGCCAGCCCUGUGACAACGGGAACAGACAAACUCCGAUCCUGCAAGGUGCACGGCGGGAAAUGCAGCCUGGAAUCCACCUUCUGCCUCGUCGAAGGCGACAUCGUCCCGAUCCUACUAGAGCUGGUUCGACGGAGCGAGAAUCGGGUAGCCGAGGUCUGCCUAGCCUCGGUGGCGACCCUGUUAGCAGACGAAGGGGACCACGAGCGAGCAGCAGACCUCUUAGUCAAACUAGACGUGAUCGAAGCGGCAGCGGGGGUGGUGGGGCGGACCAAGGAGUUGACCAAGUGGGCGGUGUAUAUCCUGGAGAAGGUGUUUGCAAUUAAGAAGUACCGGGCGCCCAAGUACUCCCAGCCUGCAGUGACGGCGCUGGGGCGGUUCAUGACGACAGCCACGGGGCAGGGCAGGAAGACGGCCGCUGAGACGCUCAUGAGGGCAGGAAGGCGGCAGCAGGAGAAGAGAAGGUCUCCUGCUGAGUAUGCUGUGCAGGAGGUUGUCAGAGCUGAGACGGAGUCAUCUGGUGACGAGACGGUAACUGAGACGGUAACGGAAAAGGGGUCUGCUUUUCCUCGGCCGGAUUCUGAUGGGCAGUCUGUGGGUCGGUCAGAGCUGUUGCGCGCAGGGGGAGCGGGAGAAGGGGGAGCGGAGGCGGAGACGGAGGCGGAGACGGAGGCGGAAGCGGAAGCGGGGAAAGAAGAGGCGGAAGAGGGGGAGACGGCGAGCGAGGAGGGACUGUUGAAGCAGAGAACGAGGAGGAAGGAAGCCAAGUCGAAGCUUCCUAGAGACACAUACGAGGACGGCAAUAACGAGAACGAGGAGGAGGGAGGAGGGGAUGGAGCGAGGGGCAGUGCACGAGAAAGGGGAAAAGGGGUUGCUGGUGGGAGGGGGGCUGAUGGUGAGGAUAGUGAGGAGGGAGAGAGUGAGGAAAGAGAGAGUGAGGAGGAGGGAAAGAGGAGGGCUGCAGAUAAGAAGCGGCGGACUGAAGGGUUCGAUUAUGACGAUGGGGUGGAGCAUAAGGGCGGUGAGGAUGAUGAUGAUGGUCGAGAGGAGAGGAGACGAGAGGAGGGGAUUAACGAGGAGGGGGUUGGCACGGAGGAGACUAACAAGGAGGGGAGUAAGGAGGAGAGGAAAGGGGGAAGCAGGGAGGGGUUUGAUUAUGACGAUGGGGUGGGGGAUGGGAGCGGUGAUGGGGGUGAGGGAAAGGGGAGUAAGAGGAAUGGUGAUGAUGAUGAUGACGGUGAUGGUGAUGGUGGUGAGUUGGAGGAGAGGACGAAAGAAGAGGGUCAGAAGAGGAUGAAGAGGAGUGCAGUGCGGUACGAUGAGGAGGAGGAGGAGGGUGAGGAGGGGGGGGGAGAAGAAGGGGUGGAGAGUGGGGGAGGGAAAGCGAAAGGGAUGCUGAAGGGUGGUGAGAGUGACGUAGGUGCAAGGGAAGAGGAGGAGGAGGAAGAGGAAAAGGGGAAGAGUUUGGAGUCGGCUCAACAGCCAUCUAAUAAACGUAAGGGUGUUGAGAGUGAUCCUGGGGCAGAUGACGAGGAAGAUGAGGAGGAGAAGGAAGGAAAGAGGCAGGGUGUCAAAAAGGGGACAGAGAAAGGUGCUUCUGGGGAGGAAAACGAGGAGGAAGGACAGGAGAAAGCACGGGAGCGGGAAGAGGAGGAGGAGGAGGAGGGGGAUGAGGAGGGGGAAGGAGAGGCGCCGACAAAAGCACGUAAGCGGCAGGAGGGGGGAGGAGGAGAGGGAGGAGGAAGGAGGGGCGCCGGCACUGGAGUGGUGUUCUUUGCACACGGGUGCACGCACCGAGCCACGCACUUCUGGCCGCCCCACCGUGCCUGCCCGUCCUGCCUGGGCCUGCCUGAAGACAUGGCGCUCGUGCAGCAUGCUCUCAAGAGGAGACUUGCAGUGAUUGCUGUUUCCAGGUUCUCACCUGCACUACCUGGAAGGAACCGCCCCUCACGCUCCCUCACCUUGCUCCCUCACCUUGCUCCCUCACCUUGCUCCCUCACCGUCCUCCCUCACCGUCCUCCCUCGCCCCCAUGUUCUCACCUGCACUACCUGGAAGGAGCCCCCCCUCACGCUCCCUCACCUUCCUCCCUCGCCCUCCCUUCCGGCCUUCCCCCCCUCCCCCACCCUCAUCCCCCAGCCUUUCCACCUGUUGGGAUACCUCCUUUCCACCCAAUCCCUUUCCACCUGUUGGGAUACCUCCUUUCCACCCAAUCGCUCCGUUCUCACCACCUGGCGCCAGCAGCCGCUGCUCACUCCCCCCAUCCCCCCCUUCCCUUCCCCUCUCCCCCACCGUCUUCCAGCCUGUCCACCUGUUGGGAUACGUUCUUCCCACCCGACCGUUCCCUGGACAUUCCCCCGGUCGUCCAGGUUCUCACCACCUGGCGCCAGCAGCACCAACUGCCACUCACUCUACCCAACUUCCCCCCUCAACCUCCCUUCCCCUACCCGCUGCCCUUACACCCCCACCCCCCAGCCUAUCCACCUGUUGGGAUACCUCCUUCCCACCCGAACGCUCCCUGGACAUUCCUCCAGUGGUACAAGUUCUCACCACCUGGCGCCAGCAGCACCACCUGCGCACCCUCCCUCUCUUCGCACUGGGUGCCUCUUCUGGCGGUUACUUCAUUUCAUUACUAG